AUGACAAAUGAUACGGCAGCCAUUGCAAUUUUGUGCCUUCUUGGUUUUCUUUCCUUCAUUGUUUUUAUUUCUAACACUUUCACUGUGUUUGUUUUCUGGAUUCAUCGAAAGAAACUAACGCGAACAAGCUUUCUCGUUAUCAACCUGGCUGUAGCUGACCUUUUCUCUGGGCUCACAGAAAUAAUAGAGGUCGCAGGUGGAUGGACUUUAGCAAGCCAAAUUCACUCAAACAAAACAAUCCAAGAAGUCAUUCGGCCUUCUUUACAAAUUGUAUUCUCGUUCGCAUCUGUAUUAUUUCUCGUUCUGAUUUCUCUGGAACGAGUCUUUGCUCUGAUCUGGCCGCUUGGUCAUCGUGUAACUAGCACCAAGGUUUACAUUUACAGUGUAGUUAUCGUAUGGUUAACUGGGAUAGCUAUCGGUGUGAGCGGUUUCAUUGCUUUACUUGGAAUCUACAAAUUCAUGUAUUUCGUGGUUGGUGCGGCGGUCAUCAUUGGUUUCUCCCUGAUUACGAUUUGUUUGUCUUACCUGUCCAUCAGGAAAAGAAUUAACAACAGAACUCCUGCUAUCGACAAAGCAGAAAGCAGAAUAAGUGCUGAACAAAAUACAAAACUCUCCAAGACUCUCUUUAUCGUGAUAGGAGCAUAUGUUGCUUUAUGGGUUCCCAGCGUUACAUGGUACAAUAUCAGUGUAUGGUAUCCAAGCCUGUUUCCUUAUUUUGUGACUCACAUUUUCACAAUGCUACACAUCACCAAUUCCCUUGUCAAUCCAAUUAUUUAUAGUUUAAGAAUACCAGUAUUCAAAAAAAACCAUACAACAAGUGAGAAAUAAGAUUAAAGUUGUCAAGCCAUCAAAGAGUUAUACAGUUAGUUAAAAUGUUCGACACGUUUUAAAAGGGAGCUUUUACGCCUCAACAGCCUGUAUUCUAGUUGAUCAAGUCAGUAAAAAUCUUCUAAUCUUCAAUUUCAUGCAAAUUUAGAAAAAUAUUUUGAUGAUUUGCAGCAAGUUUAUAUUGGCAUGAAACAUGACAUAAGUUGUCGAAUUCGACCUGACUUUAAGCGCCAGCCCGAAUCACAAUACGGUAUUUCCAACAAAAUACUCAGAAAAUGGGUCUUGUGCGGCUACUCUCUAAGCCUUUAAAUCUAUUUUUUAGAAUGUGCUGCGUGUUCCUUGAAAGACAUACUCAAUGUUCAAAGACAUUAUGAAAUCAAAUAUACGUUAAUCACUCUUGGAUUCAUCAAUCCGCUUUUUUAAUUAAUAAAUAUUCGAUAACUCAACCCACUGCACUGUACAUCAAAAACCACUUACUAUAGGUUCAAAUUGACGAAUAUUACUAUCCACAGCAUCGUUAAUUAUAGGAAUAGUCAAACAAAACAAAUUGUUAUUGCAGCACUAUGGAUGUCCUCCCUCGAUCCGGUAUAUUAUCACAGUAAUCAUAUUCCCUGCAAAUUCUCUCCAUGCAAUAUAAAGUUGUGUCAAGAAAACUAAAAUGAACUUACUACCUUUUAAUUGGACCAUACCCAUCCACCAUUGGUGCGCAUUGGUGCUUUAGCGACCGUAAUUAAUAUCUAUAGACAAGCUACUGUCUUUCGUUCAAUACGCAGCCAUAGGGUUAGUUUAAUUUUGUAGUUUUUAUUAAAAUUCUACUUUCAACUGAUUGGUUUAUCUGUAAAAUAAUUAAAUAUCGGCCUUGGGAGGCACAAAGCUUUAUUUUUUAACUUCCCUUUGGCUGGUCAGGUGCGCUGUCGAUACAAAAACAUAAUACAGUCAUGUAAUACAACGACUACUCUGCAUUAAUUUAACUACAGAACGCAAACGUCUUGAAACUCACAAGGGCCUAGCGUUUAUAAAGAUACUUGUGUACAUAACGGUGUGUAAGGCAAGCUGGAAUCCUUUAACCUCUAUAACGUAUACCACAACAAAAUUAACAUUAUCUUUGUCAUUAUGUCUGAUGUGACUCCGAUUUCGAUAGUGGUCGUUCUUCUUGUCCUGUCUGUUUUCAUUAUUAUCGCUAAUACUUUUACUGUAUUUGUUUUCUGGAUUCAUCGCCACAAACUAAAGAGAACAUUCCUUAUUGUUUUUAACUUGACUGUUGCUGACCUUUUUGUGGGACUUGUAGAAACAGUCAUCGCCGGACGUAAACUGAAUGGCAGUAAGUUUAUGGAGGGAAUUCCAGGAUCCUUUCUAGCAAUGGCUUCUGGUGCAUCUGUAUUUUUUCUUGUACUCGUUGCACUGGAGAGAGCCUUCGCCUUGAUUUGGCCGCUUCGACAUCGAGUAACAAGCACCAAGGUUUAUAUCUACAGCGUUGCUAUUAUAUGGUUAGCUGGAUUGAGUCUAGGUGUACUUAAUUUCUUAACCACGAAUGGUAUCAUAGACUUUCGACAUUAUUUAUUCGCCUACUCUGUCAUCAUUUUUUUAUCUUUAUUUGUAAUUUGCUCGUCGUAUCUAUUAAUCCGUAAAAGACUUUACAACAGAAAUCCUGCUAUCGAUGAAGCAGACUGUAGAAAGCGGGUGGGACAAAACGCAAAAUUCUCCAAGACUCUCUUUAUUGUGAUAGGCGCAUCUGUUACUUUGUGGGCUCCAAGUAUGACAUUGUAUAACAUCAACAACUUGUGGCUCGGUUUGCUUCCUGGGUUUAUGAAUUACCUUACCAAUUUCCUACAUGUUUCAAAUUCUCUCGUGAACCCAAUAAUUUACAGCUUUAGAAUACCAGUGUUCAAGAAGACUUUAAAGCAACUCGCGAAUAAGUUGAGGAUUUGCAGGCCAUCAAAAAGUUACACGAUUACGGAGAAAAUCUAA